AUGGCUGUUUGUGCUAUCUCAAACAUUAGCGCACAGAUUCGUUUCUCAGUUCCAGAGGAAAUGAAGAAAGGAUCGCAUAUCGGAAAUGUUGCUCAUGAUCUUGGUCUGGAUGUGCAAAGACUGCGCUCGGGUCGGGCUCGUAUCGUGUCUGGCGACAGCACUGAGUAUGUCGAGCUAAAAACAGACAAAGGAAUUUUGGUCGUAAAGGAGAGAAUUGACCGGGAGCAGCUUUGCGGUGAAACCACUCCGUGCAGCUUCACAUUCGAAAUAAUACUUGAUAAUCCAAUUGAACUCCAUCAUGUUACUGUAGAAAUAUUGGAUGUAAAUGAUCACUCGCCAUUCUUCCCUGAGGAUAAAAUUAAUCUCGAAAUAAGUGAAUCGGCCGCACCUGGAGCUCGUUUUAUACUAAGUAGCGCAAAUGAUCCGGAUGUGGGCGUGAAUGGUAUCCAAAAUUAUAUCAUAUCAGCAAAUGACCAUUUCAUUUUGAAACUGCAUUCAGGACCGGGUGGGGUCAAAAAUGCUGAAAUGGUGCUCCAGAAACCUCUAGACAGAGAGCAACAUCCACGAAUUUCUCUCAUUGUCACAGCAAUCGAUGGAGGAAAUCCGCAAAGAUCCGGUAACGUAAAAAUAGAGAUCACUGUACUGGAUGUAAAUGACAACGCACCUGUAUUCAACCAAUCAGUUUACAGAGCGAUAAUAGCAGAAAACUCACCUAAAGGUACUUACAUAAUCACUGUCAAUGCUAGUGAUGCAGAUAGUGGGGCAAAUAGCUUAGUUUCUUACAGCUUUACUAACAAAAAAGUAAUUGGGGAGAUUUUCGAGUUGUAUGAAAGCACUGGUGUUAUAACUUUAACUGGGGUGCUUGACUAUGAAAAAGCAAAAAAGUACGAAAUUGGCAUCGAGGCCAAAGACCAGGGUGGUUUAGGAGACUCUGCCAAAGUCAUUGUUGAUUUAAUUGAUGUUAAUGAUAAUGCACCAGUUAUCAAUGUUAUGUCAUUUUCCAGCCCAGUAAGUGAGGAUGCAACUCUUGGCACCACUAUUGCUAUUUUAAGUGUUAAAGAUCUAGAUGCAGGAGACAAUGGCCACGUUGACUGUACAGUUGAUCGAAAUACACCAUUCAACCUCCAGUCUUCAUUACGAAAUUAUUACAGUUUAAUAACUGAUGCUGCUCUAGAUCGUGAACGUGUAUCAGCGUAUAAUAUCACUAUCACAGCUACAGAUUCAGGAUCUCCUGCGCUUUCUAGUAGGAAAACAUUUAAUCUUAAAAUAUCAGAUGUUAAUGACAAUCCUCCUAGGUUCAAAAAGAGUGUUUACACUACACACGUUACUGAAAAUAAUCAACCUGGUUUGUCCAUAUUUACUCUGAGUGCUCAAGAUGAUGACUGGAACCAGAACGCUCGAAUUUCUUAUCUUCUAGACGAGACUACAGUGGGCGGAGUCCCUGUUUCCUCUUUUAUAUCAGUAAAUGCUGACAGUGGAGUGGUACACGCACUGCGCGGUUUUGACUAUGAGCAAGUUAAAAGUUUUCGGCUUUGUGUGAAAGCACAAGAUGGAGGCUCUCCACCUCUCAGCACAAACGUGACUUUGGACAUUAUAAUCCAAGAUCAGAAUGACAACACUCCUCAGGUUCUGUAUCCAGUACAGACUGGUGGUUCUGUGGUGGCUGAGAUUGUGCCUCGUGCUGCAGAUGUUGGAUAUCUCGUCACUAAAGUGGUGGCUGUUGAUGCGGACUCUGGACAGAAUGCCUGGCUCUCCUAUAAACUACAAAAACCCACAGAAAAACCGCUGUUUGAAGUUGGUUUACAGAAUGGAGAAAUAAGAACAGUGCGACAAGUGACUGAUAAAGAUGCUGUGAAACAAAAACUGACUGUUGUAGUGGAGGAUAAUGGACAGCCCUCCCGCUCAGCUGUAGUCACCAUUAAUGUGGCUGUGGCUGACAGUUUUCCUGAAGUACUGUCAGAGUUCACCGACUUUGCGCGUGACAAAGAAUACAACGACAACCUGACUUUUUAUUUAGUUCUUGCACUGGCUGCUGUCUCUUUUCUUUUCAUUACUUGUGUGGUUGUCAUAAUAUCAGUUAAGAUCUACAGAUGGAGACAAUCUCGCUUCUUAUAUCAGUCCAAUCUUCCGGUUAUUCCAUACUAUCCGCCGCAUUGCACAGAGACAGGAGCUACUGGAACUCUUCCACAUGGCUAUAAUUAUGAAGUGUGCAUGACGACUGACUCGAGGAAGAGCGACUGUAAGUUUUCUACACUCGGUGGUCACAAUGUUUUAGUGGUGGACCCAAGUUUCACAGAGACUAUGCAGCGCGCAAUGAAGGAAAAUAACGUCUUGGAAGAGGAAUAUUCGACAAUAUCGGUAAGAGAGUUUAUAGUUGCAAAUAUAAAUAACUAA